CACUACUCCUGCCUCCUUUAACAUCCUUCAUCCUUGAGUGUAAAAAGCUCCUACAGGGCCUGUACGGGCUUUCUAAGGAAAGUGUUUUGCAGUGGAUCCCGGGACACUGCGGUGUAGCUGGUAAUAAAUUAGCAGACCAUCUUGCUAAGCAAGCAUGGAGCUUCUAUCCCACAGACAUUAAAGAAAGCUGUCCCUCUCACCAAUGCCAAGUGCCUAAUCAAGAAAAAGAUGAUGGAUCUCACUUUAAACCAAUACACAGAGAAAAUUCUGAUAAGAUCCGGUGGAAUAAUCUCAAAGAUCUUCCUAUAUGGCCAAGACGUAGGGCUGUUGCCGAGUUUCGACAAGACGCGACUGCCUCCUCAAACAUCUCCAUCGAAUUCAUGUUGCUCAAGCCCCUUUCUGCACGCUCUGUGACCUUUAAGCGGAGAUGGAUGCAGACCACCUCCGUCUUUGCACGGCACUAA